AUGGCGACCACAAUGACACAGACAGUGACAGAGACCCAGCCACUGGCCACCAUGGUAGUAACAGAGCCCACUCCCAUCAUGCUCAUCGGCCUGACCGCUCGGUUCGGAAACUUCGUCUCCCGCAAGUUGAAGCCAGAAUACGAAGUAAUCCACUUCGUCUCCGACAUAACCCUGGCCAAACGCGAACUAGCCCUGGUCAUGUCCGGCGCCUCCCCGACCAUCCCCGACACCACCGGGGUAUCAACAGGCAACUUCUCCCGCCUCCCUCGCCACAUUAUCUUUGGCAAGGGAUUCCAAUGGCCUGUACUCCAAGAGGUGAGGGAGAGCGCGGGUAAUGAGGAGAGUGGAGUGUGCUGGUAUUGGGCGCCGCAGAAGGAGGGCGAUUUGUUGAUCAAGCCGGGUGAGAUUGGGAGUUUUAGUGAUGAGGCUAUUGAGAGGAUGAGUGAGAAGGUGGUGGGGAAUAUGAAGAGGGUGCUUGGGGGGGGGGGUUAUUGA